AAUAAAUACUUUACCGAAAAAAAAUCUACUAAUAAAUACUUUUAUUUAAAUUCUACUCAUCAAUGGCAAAUAGAAGUAAUUUGAGUCACUCCUUGUUGGCACAACUGUCCUUUCACUUGCAAACAUGUGUAGGAACCUCAGUCACAUGUUUAACUGUCUGAAACUACCUACCUAUCCGAAUACCAUCUCACCUAAAAACAUUCAUCUUUUCACACACUGGAAACACACACUGCCAUGUCCACUCCCCUCCCUCAUCCUCUCCAAACCCUAAUCUUGAAUCCCACAAAUGACAAACCCCAAUCACCCCUCUGCAAAACUAUCUCCAUCUUCCUCUUGUUCUUCUCAUUUCACCCCAAGAACCCUCUUCAAGUUUCACCAUUCUCCCUCUGCCUUUCCCUCCAAGAACCCCCACAAACUCACCUCCAAAUUCCUCUGUUCAUGCCAACCCUCAAAGAAUCCGAACUCUGAUUCAAAUCAAGAUUCAAAUUCAAGUUCAAAUUCGACCCUUUUGUCGAUUCUCCUAGCUGAUUGGGCUGACGGCAUAAAAGAGAGAGGCAUGAAGCAGAAAAGAUUCUUGUAUGACCAUGAACAUUGGGUUCAGCACAGGAGCUCUGCAAGACAUGUGAGGCAUUUCUUAUCGAGCUUAAGUUCCCGGGUGAUUUUGUCGUUGGUGCCACCGGUGAUUGUGUUUACGUCUGUGGCAGUGAUCAUUGCUACUUAUAAUUCAGCGGUUUCUAUGCAUUGGCUACCGGAGUUUUUCCCUGUCUUGAGAGCCUCUUCUCUGCCGUAUCAGCUGACGGCCCCUGCUCUGGCGCUGCUGCUGGUCUUUAGGACAGAGGCUUCAUAUUCAAGGUUUGAGGAAGGAAAGAAGGCUUGGACUAAAGUUAUUGCAGGGACUAAUGACUUUGCUGGGCAGGUGAUUGCAAGUGUGGAGAGCCCGAGCGAUGCCAUGCUUAAAAAGGCGAUUUUGCAGUAUAUUAUGGCAUUCCCAGUUGCUCUGAAGUGUCACAUCAUUAACGGGUCAGAUAUUGCAAAAGAUCUCAAGACUUUACUCGAGGUCGAUGAUCUAGCAGUAGUUCUCAGUUCAAAACACCGUCCCCGUUGCAUCAUUGAGUUCAUCUCUCAAAGCCUGCAGUUGCUUGACUUGGAGGCCACAAAGCGCCAUACGCUGGAAUCGAAACUUUGUUGUUUUCAUGAGGGAAUUGGGGUGUGUGAACAGCUCAUGGGCAUACCUAUCCCUCUCUCGUACACUCGAUUGACCUCAAGGUUUCUUGUCCUUUGGCAUUUUACUCUUCCAAUCAUACUUUGGGACGACUGUCACUGGAUUGUUGUGCCUGCUACUUUUAUCAGCGCCGCAUCUUUAUUCUGCAUUGAGGAGGUGGGAGUUCUAAUUGAAGAACCCUUCCCAAUGCUUGCUCUUGACGAGCUGUGCCACCGGGUUCAGAUCAACAUCGAGGACAUUCUGAGAAACGAGAAGUUGAUUCAGGCUCGUGUAAAUACCAAAAGAACGAGUCGCCAUAAGAAGCACUCCCCCAACGGCUGGCCAGCAGCCUCUUCGGAAGAUAGACAACCUGGUUGAGAAGAUAUUGACAGAGGCGUCAUACAAUUUUGGUUGGAUGAACAUAAAUCAUAGAUGCUAAAGAAAUGGAUGUCUUUCAAUUAGGACUUCACCUUGUUUAUGUGUAUAUAUAUGAUUCAAUCAUUCUGAUCUUUAUACAUAAUAUGCAGAUUUCAACUAGCA